CACCAUCGACAACGACCAGACUAUAUAAACCUCAGGGUUGCACCUCCUGGACGCAGAUAUCAGUCGAAGGUUCUCCAGAACGCACAAGACAACACCCAUCUAAUCCAAUCAUGUUGAAGCUGGUGGUGCUCUCAGUCCUCGUUGCAGUUGCAGCUGCAAAACCAUCCGAAAUUUUGGCAUCGAUUGUGGGGGAGAAGACGAUCGAAUCUCACGGGAAUUCGGUGGUUCACGCGAGUGCGCCUCUCGUUGCUGCACCCGCGGCACCGAUCAUCUCAUCCCCACUGAUCGCUGAAGCUCCGAUCGCCUACGCAGCUCCGGCGGCUGUCGUCCACGAGAAAACCAUCGAAUCCCAUGGAAAUUCGGUCGUUCACGCGUCCGCGCCGCUCGUAGCUGCCGCGCCGCUCGCUCACGCUGCACCAUUGUUGUACUCGUCUUACGCUGCACCCGGUGCGCCACUCGUCGCUGAAAAAACUGUUUCGAGUUAUGGACACAGCGUUUUCCAUCACGGCGGCCCAGCGAUCGCCCAUGCCGCGUACGUCGCACCGGCUUACGCGUAUUUGUAAGAAAUCGCAACCUCAUAAUUGCUCGAGGCCUCGCAGUCUGAUCUCGAAAAUCUCACCAAAAAAUCCAUCGAUUUGUCGAGUUACUCGGUAAUUCAUGAAUUCGUCAAUAGUGGAUCAAUUUCUCAUCGGAACAAUUCAAAUUCUCUUUGAAUUUGUUCCUUCAUGAAUACAUCUAUUGACUCGAAAAUCAACCAGUCAAUCGAUGCAUUCGUGGACCGAAUCGUCGGUGAGUUAUCGAUCAAUCCAUUGCUCGAUGGGUCUAUUAAUUAAUUCAGGAAUGCGACUCAAUUCGGUGAAUUCGGUGAAACAGUGAGUUUUCGAAAUCAGGCUAGUUUGUGAUCGAAUGCCCGUAAGUUUUUUGACCUCGCCGCGGGGCGGAUGGGAGCCUCAGGUCAGCCUGAAAAAACCGGAGCAGGAAAGCAUUUUCACCAAUUUUUCGAGGAGUGGCCGGCGGGGCGCUAGCGAACAAUGAGAACUCGAGAGUUUCGUCUUCAAAAGCGUAUGACAACGCGUAGUUUGGCAGAGCAUCAAAUUCUCAGCCAUUUUUCCGUUUCAUAACGCGACAUCACCACGCUUCACAUUUUUCUACGGUGCACUCGUGCAGUCUUCCAUGCGUGAAGAGGCUCGAGAAUUGAUCGUCGAUUUUUCCCAUUUUAUUUUCGUCCUGUGUCUGUCGGAGGCUGACUGUAUCUACUUAGAUUUAUGAAAAACAACAGCACGUUCUUGUCAACGCAUUUUCAUGUUUUCGGAAUCGUUAUUUUUGAAAAUAAAAACCCACUCAUGUCAUCAAAAA